UAUUCGAGAGGAUUGUGCUAUGUUUUGUUGAUUUUCGAUUGUUCUAUAGAAUUAGCGGGUGUACUGCUAUCCUUUAUUGAAAUUUAAGUUUUAUGUACAUGAAUGUUUAUUAUUGAAAAAAAUGAAUGAAGAAAAGUUUGAUGGUAUUUUGUUGGCGAUGGCCCAACAGCAUGAAGGUGGUGUUCACGAACUCUUGGAAACUUUCUUCAGUUUUCUGUUAAGAAAAACAGAUUUCUUUACUGGUGGAACUCCUGGAGCUGCUAGAAAAUUAUUAUUGGAAAAGUUCCAAAAGUUUGAAGAUAAGGCACUUGCUGAGCGGAGAAAGAAAGAGCAGGAGAAAGAAGAAGCAGAAAGAAAAAGAAGAGAGCGAAUAGCUCGUAAACAAAAAGAAGAACAAGCAGCAAUGGAAUUGGGCAGUGAUGACAGAGUUGUAGAACUUACAGAUGAAGAAGCUGCUGAGCUGCAGCGUGAAAUGGACGAGAAAGCUAGAUUAAAAGAAGCAAAAUUAAAGGAAGAAACAAAGCAAAAUGGAGGCAGAGAAGAAUCUGAUGAUGAUGUACAAGAAAUACAAAAGCCUAGACCUGAUGAGGAUGAAGAUGAAGCUGAUAAAGACAAAUUAAAGCCUAAUGCUGGGAAUGGUUGUGAUCUGCCUAAUUACAAAUGGACACAAACUUUAUCUGAAAUAGAGCUUAAAGUUCCUAUCCCAGCUAAUUUUAAGGUGAAAGCCAGAGAUGUUGUUGUAGUCAUAGAAAAAAAGCAUUUGAAAGUAGGGUUGAAGGGGCACCCUCCUAUUAUUGAUGGAGAAUUACAACAUACUAUUAAAAUAGAUGAAUCCUGUUGGGUAAUGGAGGAUAGCAAGACAAUAGCAAUUACUAUGGAAAAGAUUAAUAAAAUGGAAUGGUGGAGUAGACUUGUGACAACUGAUCCAGAAAUAAAUACCAAAAAAGUGAAUCCAGAACCUUCCAAGUUGUCUGACUUGGAUGGUGAAACUAGAGGUAUGGUUGAAAAAAUGAUGUAUGAUCAGCGUCAAAAAGAAAUGGGCCUGCCAACUUCAGAUGAACAAAAGAAACAGGAUGUCCUUAAAAAGUUUAUGCAAGCCCAUCCUGAGAUGGAUUUUUCUAAAUGUAAAUUUGCAUGAUUGCACAGUUUAAAUCCUCUUAUGUACAUUGGCAUUCCAGGACUUCAAAAAGAAAACUCAUUUAGUGCAUUAAGAAUUCAGUUUGACCUAGGAACUGAAUUCUUAGUUGCCAGUGCUGCACUUUUGACUAUUUCUUUUUAUAAAUAAAUUCAUUUGCUUUAGUCA